AUGAACGGUUUAAUGAUUUCCAAGAUUCCUUCCACAAUGAGAUCUCAAGUGUGUAGAAGAACAUUGAGCACACAAGUCAGUCAGCAACAGGGCAACAAGUUCUGUCAGAUCCCUAACAGAGGACUUCUUGAGCUUCGAGGCCCUGACACUGUCAAAUUUCUUCAAGGGUUGACAACCAAUAAUACCCGCAAGAUUGCCUCGGGUGGUGAGGGUUGUUACACCUCAUUUUUAACUCCACAAGGACGUAUGCUUUACGAUGCAUUUAUUUAUCCGGUUAAUGGAGAAUCAGAAAAGUGGAUUAUCGAGUGUGAUGAAAGGGUUGUCGGAAAUAUUGCCAAACAUUUGAAGAGAUACCAGCUUCGUGCCAAGGUCAAGAUGCAGGAUGUCACACAGGAAUACAGUGCAUGGUCUGCGUGGGGAGGAGAUGUGCAAAAGACAGCAGCAGUAGGAUGUUACGACCCACGUGUCCCUGGUCUUGGAUACAGAGCAAUUGUUCCCAAACAAACAGAUAUCAAAUCUGUUUUGGGUCUGGAUACCUUUGAAGAGCUUCCGGCAGAAGAAUAUACCAUCCGUCGAUUAUUGAAUGGUGUGGCAGAAGGGCCCGAUGACAUGUGGCCGGAGCACGCAUUACCCCUAGAGAGUAAUAUGGACUAUAUGCAUGGUGUCGAUUUUAACAAGGGAUGCUAUGUCGGUCAGGAACUAACGAUUCGUACACAUCAUACUGGUGUUGUUCGUAAGCGGAUGAUGCCUGUACAAAUUUAUAAUGGUGACCAAAGUGUACCAGAAUCUCUUGUGGUUGAUCGUAGUGCAAUCUACCCUGUUGGUCUAGAACCACAGGUAGACAUUAAAUUGGCUGAUGGGUCAAGUAAGCGCAGUGUAGGCAAGCUUGGUAGUGGGAUUCACAACAUUGGUAUGGCCUUGAUGCGAUUGGAGCACGUCAAAAAGUUUGAAAACACGCAAUCCAAGGCAUUUAAUGUAGCCGGUACUGAUACAUUUGUGCGCCCGUUUCUGCCUACUUGGUGGCCUGUUGAAGAGGAGGAGGAAGAGAAGGAGUAGAGAAAUAAGAAAUAAGAAUUAGCAGAAGCCAGGGCAGAAAUGAGGUCCGGAUAUAGAACAUUAUAAAAUAGAAUAUACAUUACAUUACAUUACAUAAGUAAGUAAGCAAGUUAUUUAUCAUUUUAGUUUAUUAGCAUAAUCAUCAUCAUCAUAUAUAUUAUAUUAUAUUAUAUUAUAAUAUAUUAUAAUUUUAUCUUUGUCUU